AUGGGUCAUUGUUUUGACACAAAAGUACUACUAGUUUCUGAAUUGCAGAAACCCAACGGGUUCAUAUACUGCGCCUGCGUCGCAACUCUACAAACGAAGAACCUCAAAGCGAUUCAAAUCCGAUACCGGAACCUUCUAGAUUCAUCAACAUCCUCAUUUCACGAGGUUGAAAUUUUAGGGAAGAAGUUGAUUGAAAUAUGCUUCAGAUUCGGCUUAGCAAGACUUCUGCCUCUGAUGGUUCUUGCUGAUCUUCCUGUUGCAAAGGGCAUUGGUACGCCUUCUAUUGGUUCUCUUGUUAGGAAUGUGGGUCGCAGAUCCCGUCGCCAGCUUGGUGAGCGGGUUCAUUUCUGUGUUCGAUGUGAUUUCCCGAUUGCUAUUUAUGGGAGGCUGAGCCCUUGUGAUCACGCUUUCUGUCUCGAUUGUGCUAGAAGUGAUUCACUGUGCUACCUGUAA